GAUUUCUUUCGCGUGGGUGUAGUUUCAGACACCAGCCCGAGCGAUUUCAAAAACGUCAGUUUGGUUGGUUCGCGUGGUCACUACGAGAUUAACGCGAUUGGAUGGAUAUCUGUUUAACUCACACACUAUUGGACGAGAGGUCCCCAAUACAAUCAGCUGAUGAUGGCACUACUAUAGAUACGUGGUUCAUUCAUGCGGUUUGUGCAUUGUACCUAGUCCGAGUAAUGGCCACACGGAUACGGCCGAGCUCUAAGAGAUGCACAGUCAUCGGUGGAUCUGGGUUUCUUGGUCGGCACCUUGUGGAGCAGCUUCUAGUCCGGGGAUACAUUGUGUCCGUGUUUGAUAUCCAGCAGUCUUAUGAGCUGCCUGGGGUCACGUUUCACCUGGGGGAUUUGUGUAAUAAGCAGGCCCUGCUGCCAGCCUUGCAAGGCGUGUCGCUGGUGUUUCACUGUGCCUCCCCUUCUCCUGGCAGCGAUGACCGUUCCCUCUUCCAAAGGGUUAAUGUAGACGGCACUGGCACCAUGCUGGAGGCCUGCCAGGAAGCAGGUGUACAGAAAGUGGUCCUUACCAGUAGUGCCAGUGUGGUGUUUGAAGGGACAGACAUCAAGGAUGGGAAAGAAGUGCUUCCUUAUGCCAAAAAGCCGAUUGACUGCUACACAGAGACCAAGAUUCAGCAAGAGAAGCUGGUGCUGCAAGCCUGUAAUGAGGAGAACGGCUUCCUUACAGUGGCCAUCCGCCCUCAUGGCAUCUUUGGCCCCCGUGACCCCCAGCUGGUCCCAAUCCUGGUGGAGACGGCACGCCAGGGGAAGAUGAAGUUCAUUAUCGGGGAUGGGAGCAACCUGGUGGACUUCACCUUUGUGGAGAACGUCGUCCAUGGGCUCAUAUUGGCCGCUGAGCACCUGCGUCCUAAGUCUCCUCUCUGCGGCAGAGCCUACCAUAUCACCAAUGAUGAGCCUGUACAGUUCUGGGACUUCAUGUCCCAGGUGCUAGUGGGGCUGGGCUACGACGCCCCACGCUACCACCUGCCCUAUUGGCUGGUGUAUGGCCUGGCGCUGCUGCUUUGGCUGUUGGCUCUGCUGCUGAGGCCCGUGGUGAGGCUGCGGCUCACAUUCACCCCCAUGCGUGUGGCGCUGGCUGGGACGCAUCACUACUACAGCUGCACUCGCGCCAAACAGGACAUGGGCUAUAGGCCGCUGGUGGGCCUGCAGGAGGCCAUCGUCCGCACUGUGGAGAGCUACCCACACCUGCGCCGCGGGGCCUGACUGAUGUGGGGGCGGGACCUGAUCAGUGUGGGGGGCCUGAUCAGUGUGG